CCGAUGAUGAGCCCGAUGACUGGUACGGGGUCCUCGAAUGUGUGCGGCCGAAAUAACUGGCUGACGCUACAGCGCAGGGACAAGAGGAUAAUCGACACGGGAUGCUCCGUUGAGAACGAGACGCUUCGUUUUUGCUUCGUCGAUAAGAAGGAUUGGCGUCUGUGUAAGGCCGAGAUGGCAGCGUUUCGCGAGUGCUGGGACAAGCACGGGAAUGCUUCUCGCACGUCGCAGACGGAUGUUUGAUCGCUAGCACUGUGAAGGAUCUCUGGCAUGUAGAGUAACCAGUAGACUAUUCUCCAUUCAAUACUAUAACUAUUAUGC